GAUAACUGCUGCUCUAAAGAAUCCAUGCCACCUUUUGUUGGAAACAUUACCUAGAGACUUUGGGUAUUGUGCUUACUAUAGCCCUGGCAUUUAACUCACUUUCUAGUCUCUGGAAGCCCAGGGAAAUGGAAGAGGGCACAAAUUAUUCUCUUGUUUCUUUAAAAUCAGCUAUUCAAAUAGUUGUAUUUUAAGUCAUUGAGAUAGUAGAUUAGUGUGCUUAAAAAGGCAAGACAGUGAUUACCGUUUUUAUGACCUGGUGAAUUGAGUGUGAUAUGGUUAUCUGUGAUAAGAUGUGAAAUGGAAGUGCUGAAAGACAGCUGGGGGAUAAUCAACUGUGCAGAGGGAUUGCUUUGCUCAUCAGUUGGUGCUUCCUUUGUUUUGCUAGUCAAUUUCUGGCUUAGGUGAGGCUCCCUCCCUUUGCUUCUAGCCCAUGGCUUUAUGUGUAGAACAGAACUGGGAUUCUCACUCUUGUUUUUGUAGAAAUCUGUGUGGAACAAAUGGCACCCAUCCCAGUGACGAAUAAAACCAGACCUGCAGUCCAUCUCAGAUGACUGAGUUGUGUGUUUACCAUGGUGCUGGGAGCCUGGGAUGUGACUUCGUCAGUACGUGGGCCUUCACACACUGUCACCACUUUAUUGUGGGCCAUUUCAGCCCUGGACAGUGGUCAGCUAAAGUGACAGUAGGGGUUGUGGGGGGUGUCCUUUGAAGGCUGUUUUAUUUCUGAGUUUCUCCAGGGCUGUUGUGCCUUUUAUGAGUCCUUGAAUUGACAUGCUCUCUUCCUCUGAGAGGCCGCAAAUGGUAUCUCCAGUGAGUGAGGAUGCCACGGAAGAUGUGCGGAAAGCCCGCGGUGCCUUGGAGGCUCAGGCCUUGGUGGACCAGGAAUUGCUGCCUGCAGAGAUGGCCAAGUACCAAGUCCCGCAGUGGCCUGGGGACAUCGUUAUGAUCCAGUCUGAGCACACAGGAGCUGUAGACAUUCUUUCCGCUGAUUUGGAAUCUGCAGACCUACUGGGAGACCACAGGAAAGCCUCCCCACCUCUGAUGGCGCCUCCAUGCAUCUGGACCUUCGCCAAGAUGAAGGAAUUCAAAAGCAAGCUGGGCAAAGAGAAGAAUAGCCGUCUGGUGGUGAAGCGGGGGGAGGUGGUGACCAUCCGGGUACCUACCCAUCCAGAGGGGAAGCGUGUCUGCUGGGAGUUUGCAACUGAUGACUAUGACAUUGGCUUUGGAGUUUAUUUUGACUGGACCCCUGUAACCAGCACUGACAUCACAGUGCAGGUCAGCGAGUCCAGUGAGGAUGAGGAUGAAGACGAGGAAGAGGAGGAGGAGAUUGAAGACCCUGUCCCAGCUGGAGAUGUGGAGAGAGGCUCCAGGAGUUCCCUGCGGGGGCGCUAUGGGGAGGUCAUGCCCGUGUACCGGCGGGACAGCCACCGAGACGUGCAGGCUGGCAGCCACGACUACCCCGGUGAGGGCAUCUACCUGCUCAAGUUUGACAACUCCUACUCCCUGCUCCGCAACAAGACUCUCUACUUCCACGUCUACUACACUAGCUGAAGGCCUGCGGGGAUGGGGCGGCAGGCGUGUGCUGGCUGAGUGGGCUGCCAGCUGAUGCCUCUUGUUUCUGACGGGCAAGAGCUUGCAGCUGCGCGUGAGGCUGCCGAUCCUCACGCCCUUCCUGGUAUGCCUGACUGUCGACCCCAUGUAGCUUUUCCCCAUUCCUGGCUUCUGCAGAUGCUGAUACAGUGCCCUUGUUCUGUGGUCCCUGACUCACACUCUUCUUGCUUCAGACUCCAGCAAACUCCCUCUGUGAAGGUGCCCAUCAGGCAAAAGCCUAAAAGGAAGUUGGGUGUUGUCUUUUAAAACUAGGUUUGUUUCAGCAUAAGGUCUCUUAGGCAAUUGCUGCUCUCUCCUCUCCCAGAGCCUUUAUUGCAGGUGUGUUUGGUGAUCCACUCUCUUGUUGGAAGUGCUGGAAGAGAGAAAAGCACACUGUCCAUGAAGGAACCCAACCUCUUGAAUGGAGAAAGCUCUGUCCAGCCUCUCACCACUGCCAUAUUCCCGCCUGCUGGCUCUUUGGGGUCUCUAGCACAGGCUGGGAGCCCUCACUGCCUUUGAGGGGUUAUUAGUCCUGAUGGUUCACUUCUUCCUCUUUGCCUCCUCUUUUCCCUUUCCUAAGCCUGUGUCUUUGUCAUUACAGCAAGAACUUCAUGCGGUCUAAAGUGACGAUCAGUGUAACUAGGAUCUUCUGGGAAAAAACCCCUGCCUCCAUCACUUUCUGUUUAAAGAGGUAGUGUCCUUCACCAAGGACACUGGUGGUUGAAGGGGAAAGGGUGGCCCUUAGGUACUGGAUUGAUCUCAGAACCCACACUGAAAUUAUUUUUUUAUAUAAUCAAAGAAGAAGGGGUAUAAUCUGAGAAAGAAGGUUUAAAAAAAAAAAAAAACCACUGCAGAUUCCCCGCCACUUUUUUUUCCUUUCUUUAGAGUAGGAAUGUUAUUUAGACAUUUUGCUUUGGAACCAAUCUGAUAGCCAAAGUUUCUGGAUUGAGAUUUCUUGCAUUCAGGGCUUAAAGCUUCUGGUGUUUAGAGUCUCUUAGGAAAGGUGAUAAUGAGCUCCGCUGUUGCUACUGAUUGGAUUUGCUCUUUCCCAGGCCAGUGCUUGCAUUUCCCUGGUGACGGCCAUUGCCACUCUUAUCACCCUGAGGGCCAGGAGUGCCACAGGGUGCUGCAGCCAGUGGUCACCAGAGGGACAGGGUGGCAGGGCCUCAGGCAGAGAAGGAGGCAGAGAAGGGACCACUGCGGUUGUCGGUACCUACUUGUUUCUUAUUCCUUGUGUCAAGUCUAUUACUGCCUUAGAAUUUUGAGGAUUAAUUAAUUUAUUACUUUAUUUAUUUUUUUAGCACAUUUCAAUAUGCCUUUGAAACUGUCUCCAUCUGUUUCUCAGAAGGCUUCUGUCUGCUCUGAGCCAUUGAGGCCACCUCUUCUAUGGAGUCACAGAGGAGUUGGGAAGUGAUGUUCCCUUCCUGAGGGUCAGCCCUGCGGUGCUUUGGGAGGAAUCUGCCCCUUCUGACAGGGAUGACACUAACCUGCCAGCAUUCCCUGCGAGGAGUCUAGGUCGUGAGGGAAUCUGCCUAUGUGCCCGGGAUUGACGCAGAGGACUUGACUAGCCAGUCAGAGCUACCCUGUGACUCCAGGCUGCCCAAGUCCUUGGCCUGCUCUGAAGGGACCCGUGCUUCACGAUGUUUCCUCUGGCUCAGUCCUUCCUUGUUUGAGUGCCUCCCACCAGGCCUCCCCUCCAUACAGGAGCAGGAACUGGAGGAAGCGGGCUCCUCACAAUAGGUCUGUGGUAGCAUCUGCAUCAUGAGCAAAGGGUGUAGAGCCUGCACCUUCUGGUCCCCUGGGAGCAAAGUCCGAAGUGGGGUAGGAUGUGGUGGAUUGCCAUAGCAUCCCCAUUCUCUGAGCGGCAUCAUACCUCCAUUAUUUUAUAUCCCAGUGCAUUUUGUAGAGGAUUACACUGGCCAAAAUUUAUAUACCUUGUAAGAAAUUAGAAAUUAUUUUAGUGACUGUCAAUUUGGGCAGUGAAAAGCAAACUUGCUGUCCGUCAUUCCACUAGAUAGCUGAGUAACCACUCUUUCAUCACUAAAGGUGAAUCAUGCUUUUGCUAAUAGAAACUUUAUAACAUAAUUUUCUACUGAGCUGUUCUCCAGUCAGCUGAAGCCUUGCUUAUUUUUCCUGUUUAUUAUUAACUUCUGACUUUCUCUUAAAAUGGAGUUGCCAGGCCAUAGCAAGCUCCCCGGGUAACAUUUAUUGUUUAUUUUUGCUGUGAGAUUUUCUGUCCUCAUUUUCUUUGGAAUUCUAGUUCUGUUGCAUCACAAAAGCGUGAGGGACUGUUUUCCAUCGCCUCUGUGAGCCUCCUGUUGUCUGGUCACUUUUGAAGUCCUGGACGUGGUUACAAUUCAGUUAGGGUUUCUUUGUUCCAUUUGCAUAAAAUUCCUAAAAGAUGUUUUCACCAUCUAAUUCAUUCACUGUUCUCGUAUUAAAUUUCUGAAAUUUUUGAACUUUAGAGACAAAAUAUUAUUUACUCAAGCACAGGUAAUUACUGACAAUUUCAUAGCCCAGGAAAUCUUAAGAGGUAGUUAUUCCAUGUCCAAGUUUAUAAACCAAACAAUGAAAUGAAAAUCAUUUGCUUCCACCCUCACCCUGUUCUGUAGAGCACAAGUAAAUAUUAACAAACAAUUGAAAGUGCUUCAUCGUAAGAGAGAGAUUGGAAUUCUCUACGUAGAGUGGCUGAGUUCUUAAAUUCCUUCAGUUUGUUUAGUUGUGCUACUUUGUUGAGAGAUGGGGCUUUCAAAAAUGAGGUUUAAAGGGUUCAUUUUUUCUCCCAACAUUUUAUUAUGAAAAAUUUUCAGCAAACGGAAAACUUAAAGUAUAAACAUCCUUAUAUGUGCCACCACAUGGAUUUUAAAAUUAUAAACUGCUAAUUUUUAAACAAAGAUGAUUCUACCAUUCUGUUCCUUUUCACAAGUGUCCAAUUAGAGGAUGGUUCCUGUGCAGACAUUAGCUUAGAGAGCUCCUGGAUUUUUGCAAACUUGCUUCAUUCAGUGUGGGUUACCUCGUAAAAGUGUUUCUUGCUGUCACUUUUCAAACUCAUGCUGUAUUCCUCCCUCAGGUCAUACUUUCCGCUGUUUUCUUCUCUAACUGAGAUGCUGGAGGUAGGGUAAUUGUGAAGCUGCUCUGGAAAGACUUUAUUCUAAUCUCUUUGCUUUAUGAGACAUCCUCAGGACCCUGGAUUGAAACUCAACCCUCACGCAAUAUGCAGUUUUAUAAUGGAAGUAGGUAGCCACUUGAAAUGAGGCCAUUCUUAGUUUUGUUUUUUUUCUUAAUUGAUUCAUGCACUUUAAAUAUAGUUGUAUCUGUCAUUUAGGAAAGAAAAUCUCAUACUUUUAUAAAGUAUAUAUAUUGUCCUUGUAAUAUGUAUAUGGAAGAGUUAAAGCUAAAAGCUCACUGUCUUAUAUUAAUCAGUGGGAUUAGAUAUUAUUGUAAAAUUUAUCAUUUACAGGAAGUAUCUGAGUGUAUAUGUUUUUGAUGAGCCCUACUCAGUCCCUCAUUGAAAGAAUUAGGUGAAACCCAAACCCCAAAGUUUGUAUUUUUAAUAUUUAUUUUUAAGACCACUUUUCUGCAAAAUGUUGCCUUUUAACCCCAAAGUAUGUGGUUCUAAGGUACAAAGUUGAGUUACCCUAAUAUUUGCACAAAAGACUAUUGUUAUAGAGGAAGGGGCAUGAGUGAAACAGUUUGUGCAGCUUGAGAACUGCCUUUUUAAAUUGACAGUAAGGAAUGAAAACAGAAUAAAUUGAGGGGAAGAAAGAAAAGCUAUCAGAUGUAUCCUGGAAUUUUGCUCAUACCCUGAUUUUGUUUAGUUCUUUAGUUUGUAGUUCAGUAGUUGGAAUUGUUCUUUAAGGCAGAAGCCUCACUGGUUCUCAUCCCACUGAUUGGGAAAACCCCAAACCCAUUUUGCUGUCUUGUCCAACAGGAUCUGCGUUAGAAGUGUUUUUGAGUAGGUCUCCUCUACUAAGUACAAUCCUGACCUGAGCGUGGAUUUCAUCUCUGUAUUCUCUGAGACUUACGAGUCUAGUAACAUGAAAAAGAUGAUGAGUUUAGGAGGAGGACAGGCGGAGUUCUAGUUGUGUCACUGUAGCCCCAGUUGAUUCUGACAGGGGCCAAGAAAGGGAUGAAGUGGGUUAAUUUUGACCGACAUCACAGGAGAGUUUCAAACCACAAGAGUGUGUUUGGGAGCAAGCUGUGCCCCUGUGGGCUGACCUCCCUGGGAGGUGUAAGAUUCACCAUCUUUAAUUUGGAUGGGAUGGUCAUAUACGCAGUAGUAAAGGGAACAUACCAAACACAGUUUGUUCACCCUGUUAGAGCUUCCGUUUAGAUUGUCUCCUGAGUCUGUAUGGUUGACAUCAAACUCUUUUAACUGGUAUCUUUCCACAUGGUCAGAAGUGUAGAACUGAAUCUGCUAGAAAAGGGGAAAAGCACCAGUGGUUGAAAAGAGUUGGAAAGUGAGUUUCUGUCUUAAGGAAGGUUAUUUCAUUUUUGUUGUUGUGAGGGGUGGUAGCUCGUUAAGGGAUUUAUGCUAUGUAGAGAGAAAGUCAUUAUAUUCAUUGUGUUUGUGCUCAGGGAGCCAUGAUACAUGAUUCUUUGGGGAGCAGGUAGGGAAUGGGUGUCUAAAACCAAUCACAAGCUGGGUGCUUUCCAGCAACCCAGUAUGUGGUGAGUAUCUACAUGGCCAAAGUCCCAGUCUUCACGCACAUGGGAUCCUAUCCUUAGGCUCUCAGGUUCACAUAGCUGAGAGACAGAGAGAGGGCCUAGGCUCCCUCCAUUUCUCUCUGAUGUCUUAUUUCUGGUAUUGUUUAGCACUGGCAUCAUGGUAUCCAAGGCCUCAGUUUACCUGAUUAACCAGAAUUAAAUCCUAGCGUGAGUUGAGUAGAUAAGGCAGUCCACCAUGACUGGCAGUAGGGCUGGGGAGGGAUUGUGACUUCUGGUCCCAUAUUGGGAUAGCUGGGUAACUGUGACUGUGCAGUUGGAGCUCUUGUUUACCUUAGCAAGUGAGUGAAGCGGAUGUGACAGUGCUGUACUGAUGAGGACUUCAAAUGAACUGAGUUGCUAAUAAAUAGAGCAAGCCCUCCAUCUGUGGGAAUAUAUUUUGUCACUGGCCGUAAGUGUAAUUUCGGUGUGAGCUGAGAGUCUGACUUCAGGGCCCACUAAAGGAGACAUCCUUUGUGGGCAGUGACUUUGGCAUUCUGUAAAGGAGAACCCCCCUGGGAGUUGGUUCCCAGUGGCCUCUUUUCUGGGAACGAGGGGAACGCCCUCAGGCAAGAACUGCUUUGGCUCUGUUGGUACCUGGUUAUGAGCAGUGUCACCCCUUUGCUCUGUCUAACCAGCCCAGCACCUAUGGACACUCCACUGAUAUUUACCCACUUAUUUAGGUAAUGAGGUUAGGGCAGGAUUUGGGACGGACCUAAAGGGGGAGGGAAACUUUGCUAAGUAUUAUAUAGCCAGAUGUCAGAAAUCACUGCUCCCUCUGGAGUGUUGCAUUGUCCCUGCCUGAACCCCGAAGGCCAAACAAAGCCCCUCCUGUUUGAAUCUCGUCUCCAAGCUAAGAAAACCCAAUUAACUGCCUAAAGCCUUGAUAGUGGGGUUCAUUUGCAAAUAGUCAUUCCCUCAGAAGCUAAGUCCAAAGGCAAGACUCUGGCUUUGAAAUUAUUUAUAGCCCUGGUUACUGGUUUGAACUCAUGGUUUCUAUUAUAUGUAUUUUGAUUUGUUUUAGGCCCCAGGCAGGUGGACCAGAGUUAAUGUUAAGGCUCUUCUUCGCUCUGGGAGAUGAGGAAAGGGUGCCCCCAAAUCUAUAGAUAUAUACUUUUUAUUAAAUUAUACAGUUUUCUUUCACUGUAAGCAGGUAGUUUUGGCUUAUCUAGGGAUAAAAUAAUACAUGUGAAGUGAUUCCCAGGGGACAAAGUAUAUUUUCUGAAAGUUCUGAUACAGGGUCAUGAACAAUUCUAAAGUUUUGGUUUGAAAUACUAUAGACUAUCGGAUUACGGAAGAGACCUUAACUGGCAGUCAGUUUAAGGAGCUCUCUUCCUGAAUGCUCAUCCUCACUUAGGUAGGAAAUGCCUCAUCUGUGAUGUUCUUGUGCUUGGCUGUUAUUGCUGAUUUUUAGGUUCAGGCAAGAAUCAUCUGGAGAACAUUACCUUAAUUCUUUCUCUCAUGUCCUAAGCAGUACAUUUAAGAAAUUCCAUAUUAAAAAUGCCACUAACAUCCCUUUCUGAGAUUAUUGUCCUGUAAAAGAUUUUUUUCAUUUAAUCAAGUUGAAUUAUUUCCAUUUAGCCAUGUUCAAGAGCAAGUAAAGCCCAGAGAAAGCAAUUCUAUAUCCCAUGACUCUGGUGUAUCCAUUUUCUCUUAAUAAUGGGAAGUCUUUUGAAAUUCCCAGAAGAAAGCUGCUUUGUAAUCAAAGUGAUGGGGUAUAAGAAAGCCCCAGUUUGGGUAAGGCUAAUUAGAGUAGAGCGAAGUGCUUGAAGAUUUCAACUACUUUAUGCCAUCUAGCUUGUUUCUGAAAGGCCUGCUUUGGUGCCACGCACUGAGAUCUAGUUGACUGAAAGAUGAUCGAACUUUCUUGGUAAAUAUCUAAGCAAUUGGCAAACCACAAAGCAUUCUUUCCCUAUUGUCCUGCAUCAUGCACUGAUGCUGACAUUCCAAAAAGGGGUCUGGAAGGGAAACAGUGUCACAGUCUUUUCUUUAAAAUACAAAAGUAUGUCAACCUAUCAUUUUUUGCAGUCCACUUGUUUUACAUGUCCCGUCAUGAGAACCGCUGUCAAUAUCACCUAUGGUUUCUAAGUUAAGAGCUCUGUACCGAAUUGUUAUUUAAUCAUUAUGUCCUGCUGAGUGGUUUUUUUCCUUUAAAAUACCAUACUUUACCACCCUGUGGCACUGAAUGUGUUGCUGUGAUGCACAGACGAUCCUGAGCUAUGCUUCUUUAAAUAGCUCAGUUCUUGUGUUUUUAUAUUAUGUACCAAUUUUGUGAUGCUUUUGUGCAUUCUUUGUCUUCUCUUCUGUGUUUUGAAAUAUGUCAUAAAUAAACUUUUUCACUAUGCACCUGAAA